GUAAGUCUCGAAUGGCUCAGGCUCAGACGGUCAUGGCGAGCAGCCGUACGGGAACAGCAAUGCCGCAGGCGAAACACCGCUCGUGGAUUUUGUGUUUAUUCCUGGCCUUACCUUUAACGUCGCUGCCAGUUCGGGCCAAGCCGGACAGCCUGAAAGAAGUCACCGACGAGAACUGGGAGGAAAUCCUGACAGGAGAAUGGAUGAUUGAAUUCUACGCACCCUGGUGUCCAGCAUGUCAGCAGCUGCAGCCGGUAUGGAAGGAGUUCGCAGACUGGGGGGAUGACAUGGGGGUCAACAUAGCCAAGGUGGACGUGACAGAACAACCCGGUCUGAGUGGACGAUUCAUCAUCACUUCACUUCCUACGAUUUACCACUGUAAGGAUGGCGUGUUCCGGAAGUACCAGGGCGCUCGCUCUAAAGACGACUUCCUCACCUUCGUUCAUGAAAAGAAAUGGAAAGCAGUGGAGCCGGUUUCAUCUUGGUUUGGGCCGUCCUCAUUUUUAAUGAAUUCGAUGUCUGCUCUGUUCAAGCUCUCCAUGUUCAUAAGGCGUUGUCAUAACUACAUGACUGAGCAGCUGGGGAUUCCUGUUUGGGGAUCGUAUGUUAUCUUUGGUUUGGCCACUCUGUUCUCUGGCCUUGCGCUGGGACUGUUACUGGUGUUCAUUGCAGAUUUUGUUUUCCCCUCGCGACGAUUUUCUUCUCCUGAUUACUACCAGAAGAAACAGACGAUGGAGCAGGCCAGGUUAAUCCAACAAGACGACGAGCAUGAGGCUGAUGGCGAGGAAGAUGACGAUGACGAAGAGGAAGAGGAGGACGGGGACCAGGAUGACGUCUGGAGGAGGAGAAGAGGGUCCCCUGAGGGCCGCCCUGAAACCAAGGGACAGGGUUUCCCUGAUGAAACUCUAAGGAAGAGGGUGGUGUGCAGCCGCGACGAGGAGGAGGAGGACACCUAGAGUGUCAGCGUGAAGCUCAGAGCUUCACGCAGCCCCUACUCCUUUGAGAAGAGCGCCAUGGAGUCAGCAGAGUCGGAGGAACCUUGGUCCGGAGCAACAGUGUUUACAGCAGGGAGCCCUGAACCUCUCCCCCCUAACCUCCCCCUCUCCUCCUUCUCCUCCUCCUCCUCCUCCUUCUCCAGUCUCUGGGCCUCCAGAAAACACCUUGCUUCUUUUCUUCUCCUUCCCUGGUUUUUUAUAUGGGAGCGCUUUAGACUCUCACCACCGCUCUCUCCGCCUGAGAAGCAGGCUCCACCUGGAAGAAGCAAAAACACUCCUGACACCUGUUUUCACUCGUGGAAACAAAUCGCCGAGGUUUGGGUAUGAAGUGCAGUGGAGCUGGAUUUUGCGGCGUUGUUUAUGCUAUGCAUCAUUUUUUUUUUUUUUUUUUUUUAAGAUUUGUGUGUUAUUAUAUGUUUAUCUCGGAAUUAUUUUACUUGGCUUGCGUUUGACGUUUAUGUUGUUGAAUUUUACUCUUCGGCGUAUGUAUACAUACUUUAUUUUAUGCUGCAUAUAUUUUACAGACCUUGACGUCUCAACCCAACAUAACAGUGUUCACACACGUCUCCACAUAUGGAGAAAAAUGGAGAGAUGAAUGGAAAGAAAUGACCCUAAAAUGUUUUAAUGCUUAACAUUUCAGUCCUGGUUUAUUUGGCAACACUGAUGUUUAAUAUUACAGCAAACAGAGCAGCAGCUGGUGUUUCUGUUUACAGUGCAGCCAAACAAACUCUAGUUGUUUUUAAUAAAGUGGUGGUUUCACAAUAAAAGCCACUGAAAGCGAUGCUGCAGUUUGUCAUCUGGUAGUUUAGUGAUAAAACAGAGAAACUUGAGUUAUAACUUCUCCAGACACAGUUCAUCGUUGUCUCAAUUGGCCAAACAAGCACAUCCGCCCGGUCAAAGGUGAACUUUGACCUGUGAUCUGUGGCUCGGGCAUCAAAAGGAGUGAGUGGGAGACAGAGAUGUAUGUGAUCUUAAACAGUGUAUAUCAGUGGCAAAAAGUGAAAACAGUAAUGCUGGAUUAAAUACAUCUCUCAUUUCAUGUGAAUCCCUAAUACUUCUGAAGGUAAUUUAAGUCCAGUGUGGGAAAUUUCAAACAUACUGGGUAAUUACUGAGUUAAAAAAAAAAAAAAAGCAGCCAUAAAUAUGAACACGGUGGCACAGGUGUUUUAUUCUCAGUCCAGUUAUUUUCCUCAGUCCGUGCAAAGCGCAUCCUUUCGGCACAUGAACGCAUGAAAUAAUGUUUUGGGGGCAGGAACCCCUUCAAUAGCAUCUGUGCUUUGCUCAGUAAUCGCACCAAAACACUGACUGUCAGUUUGCUUAAGACUAGACCACUUUAGGUAGAUCAAAAAACUACAAACUACAUUCACUCCAAUUAAAAGGCCUGUUGAAUGUUGGUCUGUAGAUACUGUGUGUCCCCAUAAUGAAAAUAUCAUAUUAUCAACAAGUGUUGAUUAUCAACAAUCUGAUAAUCAGCCAAUUGGAUUCUUUAGUUUUUGUUUCUAAUGUUUACCUGUGAUUCUCUAAUUAUUAAAGGAUGUCUAUUUAAAGAACCCA